GAAGGAAUUUGAAAGCAAUGAAUAAAAAGCAUGACGUUCAGAGAUUUGAUUCGACCCGUAGUUGCAGAUAUUUUUAUAUUAAGCAGUCGUACCAUAACUUAGCAGACUUCAGUGGACUACAGUUGAAUACAUUUAGCUCUAAAUUUUGCUUGCUAGCUCUUUUCUUAGUCACAUUGUAAAGAAGAAGUGAAUUGAUAACUCAAUCAACCAAAUAUGCAGAUCUUUGUGAAAACUCUCACCGGAAAAACCAUCACUCUUGAGGUAGAACCCUCGGACACCAUUGACAACGUCAAAGCCAAGAUCCAAGACAAAGAGGGUAUCCCUCCCGACCAACAGAGACUGAUCUUCGCUGGAAAGCAGCUUGAGGAUGGCCGAACUCUGUCGGACUACAACAUCCAAAAAGAGAGCACCUUGCACUUAGUUCUUCGACUGAGAGGUGGAAUGCAAAUUUUCGUCAAGACUUUGACUGGAAAAACCAUCACGUUAGAAGUGGAACCUUCGGAUACCAUUGACAAUGUGAAGGCCAAAAUCCAGGACAAAGAAGGAAUCCCACCCGACCAGCAGCGACUGAUCUUCGCUGGAAAACAGCUGGAAGACGGACGAACCCUUUCGGACUAUAACAUUCAAAAAGAGAGCACCCUGCACUUGGUGUUGAGAUUGAGAGGUGGAAUGCAAAUAUUUGUGAAAACUCUUACUGGAAAAACGAUCACUCUGGAAGUGGAACCCUCGGACACCAUUGACAACGUUAAGGCUAAGAUCCAGGACAAGGAAGGAAUUCCUCCUGACCAGCAGAGGUUGAUUUUCGCCGGCAAGCAGCUCGAGGAUGGAAGAACUCUUUCGGAUUACAACAUCCAAAAGGAGAGCACCUUGCAUUUGGUCCUUCGAUUGAGAGGAGGGAUGCAAAUAUUUGUGAAAACCCUCACUGGAAAGACCAUCACGUUGGAAGUAGAACCUUCGGACACCAUUGACAACGUCAAGGCCAAAAUUCAGGACAAGGAAGGAAUCCCUCCUGAUCAACAGAGACUGAUCUUUGCUGGAAAGCAGCUCGAGGAUGGACGAACCCUUUCGGACUAUAACAUUCAAAAAGAGAGCACCCUGCACUUGGUGUUGAGAUUGAGAGGUGGAAUGCAAAUUUUCGUCAAGACUUUGACUGGAAAGACCAUCACUUUAGAGGUGGAACCUUCGGAUACCAUUGACAAUGUGAAGGCCAAGAUUCAGGACAAGGAAGGAAUCCCUCCUGAUCAACAGAGGCUGAUCUUUGCUGGAAAGCAGCUCGAGGAUGGACGAACCCUUUCGGACUAUAACAUUCAAAAAGAGAGCACCCUGCACUUGGUGUUGAGAUUGAGAGGUGGAAUGCAAAUUUUCGUCAAGACUUUGACUGGAAAGACCAUCACUUUAGAGGUGGAACCUUCGGAUACCAUUGAUAAUGUGAAGGCCAAGAUUCAGGACAAGGAAGGAAUCCCUCCUGAUCAACAGAGGCUGAUCUUUGCUGGAAAGCAGCUCGAGGAUGGACGAACCCUUUCGGACUAUAACAUCCAAAAAGAGAGCACUCUUCACUUGGUUCUGCGACUGAGAGGAGGAUUCUAAAGUGAUCACCACCUACAGCUGUACUAGUAUGGGGAGACAAUGAAGUUUUUUGAUGUAACUUGAAUGGCACGUUUAGUAGAGCGGACUAGUAUUGCACCUUGAGUUAUUAUUGCUCUCGUUGGAGUUAAUUUAAUUAGUUUGAUGCAGUUCUGUUUGUCGAUUUGAUUCGAAUAGUGUGUUUUACCAUCAUUAAGAUUGGAUCAAUAAAAAUUAGGUGAAA